AUGGAACGAUUUAAUAGAACACUUAAAGAAAAAAUGUGGAAAAAAUUUACUACCAACAGAUCAUAUAGUUGGAUAAACAUUAUAGCACAUUUAAUAACAAAUUACAAUAAUACAAAACAUAGUACCAUAGGAACAACUCCAANUUUCAACAAACAUUUUCGGAUGCUCAUGAAGAACAAAAAUAUAAAUCAUUAUUCAACCUACUCUACAAUAAAAGCGGCUGUUAUGGAACGAUUUAAUAGAACAUUUAAAGAAAAAAUGUGGAAAAAAUUUACUACCAACAGAUCAUAUAGUUGGAUAAACAUUAUAGCAGAUUUAAUAACAAAUUACAAUAAUACAAAACAUAGCGCCAUAGGAACAACUCCUAGUAUAGCAUCACGUAAUCCUGGAAAUGUCAGUUUUAAACGGCUACCUAUUUUAAAAUAUAAUAAAAAGUUUAAUAUUGGAGAUAAAGUUCGUCUGAGUAAACAUAAAGCAGUAUUUUCAAAAGGAUACACACAAAAUUGGACAACGGAAGUCUUUACAAUCGCAAAAAUUCGUGAUACAAAACCUGUCGUGUACGAACUGACAGAUGAAAACAACAGACCUAUAAAUGGUUGUUUCUAUGAGCAUAAACUUAGCAAGACUCAGUUUCCAGAAGUUUAUUUAGUGGAAAAAAUCAUUAAGAAGAAUAAAGACAAAUGUUUUGUCAAAUUUGUUGGUUUGGAUAAUUCACAUAAUAAAUGGAUAGAUUCAAUCGAUAUUAUAUAA